GUCUCGCGAAGAAAUCGCCGGGGCCGCUUCCCCGGCGUCGGGCCAUGGAAUGGCGUUGCUGCUCCUGGCGCUUGCCACGGCGGAGGGCCGGGUGACGACCACCGCUCAGAAUUGCAGACGCAUCGACCACAUCUAUGCGUCUGGCAAGGACCUCUGCGAGCGCAUGUGGGGCUCGGCCUUCCGGUAUGAGGCCAACGAGAGCCAGGGCUACACCAUGUGGUUCUUCGACGCCUCGAACCCCAACGAUGCGGUGUCGGGCGAGCAGCCACCGUCCAGCUGCAACCUGCAAGACCACAAGGACGUGCCCUCGCCGGAGCCGGCGCUGUUUGCGGAGUGCCACCCAUGGCGUUUCAAGUCCUGCUGCUCCAAGGCCAAGGUGAAUUCCAUGGACGCUCUAAAGCAGAGCUUUGGAGCCCAGUUUCACUGGGACCGCUGCGGGCCGGUGUCCCAAGAGUGCGAGCGCUUCUUCGUGCAGGAGGCCUGCUUCUACGAAUGCGAUCCCAACGUGGGUCUCUACCGCAAGUACCACAGAGGCAUCUACGACCCCCGCUGUGAUGCGAAGAGCAAGGCCUACAGCCCCAUGUACGCUGCCAGCCGCCUUUGCAGCCACAACACGUGGGAGCUUCACCAGAUGCCCAUCAAGGCAUCCUACUGCGAUUCCUGGUAUGCCGCCUGUCACACGGAUUACUUCUGCGCUGGAGACAGUGGUGACUUCUUCUCCUGCGCAGGCGCGGCUACGGUGAUAGACGAGGAGGCCCGGAUCAUGAACAAGACCUGGGGCGCCAUGUCCCGAGGCAUCAACCGGGCAGAAGCCUUCGCUCAGCAGGAGCUGCAGGGAAUGCUGAAGGCUCUGAUUGCGAUCUCCACCACUCUGGCGGCCUUGGCCAUCGCUUUCGGCUGCUACUUGGUCCGCCGCGAGCGCCAGGGGACGCCCGUCUUCGCGUCCCCCAACGCCGCGGAGCCCCGGCUGAUGGGCGCCCAGCGGUAUGUGGAGUUCAUGGAGAUGUCGUGAGCUCGACCGAAUUUCUGGAUCCAUUGGAAGGAUCGCAGAGAUGGGGGCUCUGGAUGACUUAACUUUGGUGCAUUUUGCCAAGGGAUGUUGGGACU